UCAGUGGAUGUGUGAGACGUUGAGGCGGAUUUGAUGUGUGUGUGUGUGUGUGUGUGUGUGUGUGUGAGAGAGAGAGAGAGAGAGAGAGAGAGAGAGAGGCGGUAAUAAAGCCUCACCAUAAUAAUGUUUGUAGCGUUCAGUGCUAAACGCCCUGUUUGACAGAUAGGGUCGAAAAUAAUUUGGAUUUGAAACUGAAAUUUAGUCGUUUAAUCAGUAGGGAACGUUGUGGCUCGCGUUCAGCACCUUGCUAGCUAAUGCUAUGCCUCCACUGAGAGAUCCUCGGAUAUCUGCCUGACGCUGGUAUCACCAUGGCCGUGACUCAGUUCCGUCUGUUUAAGAUCUGCACAUGCAUAGCAUCCAUACUGUCAUUCCUUAAAAGGCUCAUAUGCAGAACUGGGAGAUCACGCAAGCGAAGUGGAGAUCAGAUCACUCUCCCUACAACGGUUGAUUUUUCCUCUGUACCCAAACAGCCGGAGGUUGAGGAGUGGAGUUCAUGGGAUGAAGAGGCUCCUACGAGUAUAAAGAUAGAGGGAGGUAAUGGAGCUGUUCCGUCCCAGCAGAACCAGGUGGACGACGACGAGCCGGAUUAUUUCAAAGACAUGGCUCCUACUAUCAGGAAAACACAAAAAAUUGUCUUGAAGAAAAGGGAGCCUGUGAAUUUCUCUCUCCCUGAUACAGCUACAGGCUUCUCCAGCAGACUGGCGGCCACUCAGGAUAUGUCCUUUAUCCAGCCUUCAGCAGAGCUGGGAGACCUGGAAACAUGGCAGGAGGACACUAAUGCCUGGGAGGAUGAGUCUGAUGCUUCGUGGGAGGCAGAAGAAGUGUUAAGACAGCAGAAGAUGGCAGAGAGGGAGAAGCGUGCCAUGGAACAGCAGAGGAAGAAAAUGGAGAAGGAGGUGCAGAGAAUGAUGAAGAAGGAGCAAAAGAUAGCAGUAAAGCUUUCCUAACGUUUAAAGGCCACACUGGACAUUUAAAACAAAAAAGAAAACAAAAAACACACGUGUUCCUCCACCAGUAUCUUUCAUCGUUUUUAUUCCCAGUUCAAACAUGCCAUUUUUUUCUCAUUGUAUAGAAUCCAAUGUACCUUUUUAUUGAAAUCAAUUGUAGUUGGGACAAUGCUAAUAGUACACAUACAGAAGAACCUGGA